GGCACCGCAUGAGAAUCCGCCCAGGCGUCGUGCUGCCGCGCAGCAAUGCACCGACAAACUAAAUAAUCGACGUCAAAAGCUGUCAAAUAUGGCGAGGGGCAGCGAGAAAGAGAGAGAGAGAGAGGGAGAGCGGUAAUUGACAUGUAAAAAUGUGAAUGGCCCCGCCGCGGCCCGCACUGUGAUCCGUGCUUCGAUCGGGUGGGUGGGUCGCGCGCUCGUGGCUCGUGGCCGAGACACGCUCGCGGAGUCCUCGCGCGGAUCGGGUCUACGCCAACGACGACGACGACGACGACGACGAUCGACGACGAUGUCGGGCCCGUCGCCGGCGCCUGCCGAGUGCCGGAAGUGAAGUGGCCGGAGUGGCCCCCGCGCGGCGAGGGUGGCCGGAGCCGGACGGUGCGACUGGGCCCAGCGCGACGUGGGGCAUGGUACGGUAAUCGGCGGGCGAUACGCUAUGGGCGCCCAGCAGACCAAGGACAGGGUGAUACCCGCCGGGUCCACCGUGCGGCAGACGCGCAAGCAGCCCAGGAACCUCAAGGAUACGCGCGUCAUAGGCUCUAACAUAUUCACCGAGCACAGCGAGGCACUUUUGCAAAGUAGACCUCUACCUCACAUUCCAGCAUUGCCAGAAGGUGAUCCUCCAAGUGGUUCUAGUGUUCAAUCAAUUUCACAGCAAGCUAAUGUUCAACAGCACGCCAGUGUGUCCGCUAGCGGACUUCUUGAAGCAGCAAACAGGUGGACUAGUAAGGAAAAUCUCUUAGCACAGGAAGAGGAUGAUCCUCAAUUAUUUGUCGCCUUGUAUGAUUUUCAAGCUGGUGGGGAGAAUCAACUUAGUCUGAAGAAGGGUGAACAAGUACGUAUCCUAAGUUACAAUAAAAGCGGCGAAUGGUGCGAGGCCCACUCGAGCAGCGGGCAAGUAGGCUGGGUACCAUCGAAUUAUGUAACGCCCGUGAACUCUUUGGAAAAACACUCUUGGUACCAUGGAAGAAUAUCUAGAAAUGCUGCAGAAUAUCUGCUGAGUUCGGGGAUAAACGGUAGUUUUCUUGUACGGGAAUCGGAGAGCAGUCCUGGACAGCGUAGCAUCUCUUUGAGAUACGAGGGUCGGGUGUAUCACUACAGGAUCAACGAAGAUAGCGAAGGAAAGAUGUUUGUCACGACAGAGAGCAAGUUUAACACGUUGGCUGAGCUAGUGCAUCAUCAUUCAAUGCUUGCCGAUGGCCUUAUAACGCAACUGCUAUAUCCUGCACCAAAGCAUAAUAAGCCUACCGUCUUCCCGUUGAGUCCGGAGCCGGACGAAUGGGAGAUUAACAGGACGGACAUAGUAAUGAGGCAUAAAUUAGGAGGUGGCCAAUAUGGCGAUGUGUACGAAGCGGUCUGGAAGAGAUACAACAUGACCGUGGCGGUUAAAACGCUGAAGGAGGAUACGAUGGCGUUGAAGGAUUUCCUAGAGGAGGCGGCCAUCAUGAAAGAGAUGAAACACAGGAAUUUGGUACAAUUAUUGGGAGUCUGUACGCGCGAACCGCCGUUCUACAUCAUCACGGAAUUCAUGAGCAAGGGUAAUCUCCUGGAUUACUUGCGGAACGAGAGUAAGCAUCAGAUCAACGCUGUGGUUCUGAUGCACAUGGCUACACAGAUCGCGAGCGGCAUGAGUUAUUUAGAGAGCAGAAAUUUCAUUCAUCGCGACCUGGCGGCCAGAAAUUGUCUGGUUGGCGAGAAUCAUCUCGUCAAGGUCGCGGAUUUCGGUCUAGCCCGUCUUAUGAGAGACGACACAUACACAGCUCAUGCUGGCGCGAAAUUUCCCAUAAAAUGGACUGCACCGGAGGGUCUAGCAUACAAUAAAUUCUCCACAAAGUCUGACGUGUGGGCAUUUGGUAUCUUGCUGUGGGAGAUUGCAACUUACGGAAUGUCCCCUUACCCUGGUGUCGACCUAACGGACGUUUAUCACAUGUUGGAAAAAGGCUAUCGAAUGGAAUGUCCCCCUGGUUGCCCACCAAAAGUUUACGAACUGAUGCGUCAGUGCUGGCAGUGGUCAGCGGCAGAGAGGCCAACUUUUGAGGAAAUACACCACUCAUUAGAAAAUAUGUUUCAAGAAUCGAGUAUUACCGAAGAGGUAGAGAAGCAACUUCAAGGUGGAGGAGAAAUUCCGUUGCUAGCAUACAAAAAAUCGCAAACUGGAAGUACAGGAAAUAUACAUGGGCUUGUUCUUGUAUCCGAGCAAUUAUCUUCUUCCGGUAUAACGCAAGAAGGAGUCAGUUCGGUCAGCAAGCUGAGUACUUUUAUGGGUGGCUUGUCAAGUAGAAGUAAUAGUAAUAUGGUUCAAAUGCGAAGAUCUACCAAUAAAAAAGGAAAGCAAGCGCCAGCGCCUCCCAAACGAACAAGCUUGCUAUCAUCGUGCAGUUCUUUUCGAGAUUCUGCCUAUCAAGAACAAGACCAGCAAAAUGUCGAAGUGAGCACUAUGACGCUUGACGAUGGCACAGAUCUAAAUGGUAUUGAUAAGAUUUUUGAAGGUAUCACACGUGAUCUCGUGACAAUGGCUACACAGUCAAUUACUACAGGAGGUUGCGAUAUGGACGACGACGGAGAUGGGUCGCAAGGGACAGCAGAACAUAACUUUGUUCCUCAACCGUCAACCUCGCCGGAACCAGUAUCCAACUUACCGUGCAAUCAGAAACAAAUUAAAUCUCGACCUUACACGUCUAAGGAAGUACUGCCUCAGAAGCUGGUACACGUGGGUGCGCUGGAGGUGCAAAAUGUUAAGAGGGCGAUCAACCGCUACGGCACUCUGCCAAAAGGAGCCAGAAUCGGGGCGUAUCUGGAGUCCCUACGACAGAGUGGCAUGCCGCCGAAUCAGGAGAACAUUGCUGCGUCCUCUCUGUCCAACGCAGUCAUCGAACAACAGCAGCAAGACAUCAUCACCGCGAGUGCCGUCGACGUGGUCCCGCAGCAUCGUUCUCUUUCACCUCGUCAGAACAAUCUGCGCAGUCAACCGCAGAUGACGCGCAGCAAUUCCUCGAGCGGAGUGGUGAAUACCUAUCAGCCGCCGAACUCACCACGCAGCCGUGCCGUGGGUAUCCGGAAGACUAACACGGAGGGAAUCGGCCUACGAACCUUCCGAGCGCCGAAUAAUUCCAGCUUUCGCACCGCCAGUCCGUCGAGAUCGGUCCAACCGACUCUGGCUGAUCUGGAGUUCCCGCCACCGCCGGUGGAUCUGCCGCCCCCUCCGGACGAAGCCUUCGGUGAUCACUGCGAGCUACCGCCACUCGUGACGACGGCGUCACCAUGCACCGAGACCUCUUCUCACGCGAAGAUCGCAAGUUCGCCGGUCGGUCUCAGGAAAGUAAAAGCGGAAUGGCGAAGCAAAGACGAGAUUAGCGAUCACGAUCAGGACGAUAGGAAUAAUGAUGUGAGGAACGCGGAACCGUCGGUGAAGGAGGCUAGCUCGCGAUUCGGCGUAAAUCUGCGACGCCGGGAAACGACUACUAGCGAUGCGCACUGCGGCGGCGGCGGCGGUGUCGGUAAAUCCACGGACGAGAAGAAAUUAGUUUACAGGUCAAAGGAGACGACGAGUAGCGGUGGGAUUAAAGCGGAAUCGUUGGAAACGACGAUGGCGGCACCCGAGGAGGCACCACCGCCGCCUCCGCCGCCGCCGCCACCGCCCAUCGACAGCGUCGUAAGCAGUGCCGGUACCACCGACACCUUCGAGUCCAAACCUGGCAUGAAGGAGAUGCUAGAGCUCAAGCUGAUCAACGAGAUCAAGCAGAGCGCGGACAUGAAGCACGGUGGUACCGGUUUCGCAAAGAAGAUCGGCAGCGCCGCUAGUAGCAACGCGCCUCUGUCAACGGCGCCGCUCGAUCCGGCGUCGCAGCUUUUGUCCGAGUUGUGCGCCAGCUUCAGCAUGGAUUCCGCCAAUAGGCAGCAUAUCGUCCCGAGCGAAUAUGCGAUCUCGGUGUUGAAGAGCAACGACGUGUCCAGCGUUCAGGAACACGUUCACACGAGUAUGCAGGGCGUGUAUCCUGAGAGGAGCAGCGGUCUCAAGGAGAUCCCGAUGACCUCGCCGAUUACGGAGGGCCACGUAUUGAGUGCCACUAGCGUAGGUUUCAAAUUAAAGAAGGUAGAUAAGAGGAGUAAUCCGCAGAGAGAGGAAAAUCCGGACGGUCAGAUAAUCGAUUUCAAGGCCCGAUUGCGGAAGGUGGAUAACGUCGAUAAAGAGAGAGCUACGGCGGACGAGAGGAGCAAGUCGUCGCGUUUCGACGACAACACGCAGGGGAGUAACGUCGCGGAUUCGGCGGAUUCGUCGUCCGGCGUGGACGACGCGAACGAUGACAAGCGCCGCAGCACCGGCAGUAUUAGUAGCCUAAAGAAAUUGUGGGAGAAUAAAGAGGCUUCUUGUGAUAACCAACCACUUAGUCCUAAAUUAAAUGUGAGAGGGGCGAGUAGCAAGCAAGAUAUCGGCGAUAUAGCGAGCGAGGACUCGCCGGAGGAUCACAGCGGUGCCUCGACCAGGAGCUCGACCAGCAAGAGCGACCCCCGAGUGUGGCCUCCGACCUCGUCGUCCUCGGUAACUUUGGAAGUGGAAAAGCCGAUCGUUCCGGCCAAGCCGUUGAAACCGCUCGGACCCUCCAGCAAACACUACGGUUCCUCGAUAUACGCCACGCCGAAUUGCAAUAAGUCGCAGAGCGACGACGACGGCGGCAAGCAGACCAGCGGCGAGUCGACAAAAGGGGCGAAACACAGCGUGAUGGAGAUCUCGAACGUCAUAGAAAACAGUAUUCUGAAUCUGAAGGGCAGCCCCACCAUCGUCAUGGCCAGCUGGCUGCAGCUCUCUGACAAGGUCGGUUUGCUGCACGGCAUGUGCGUCAACCUGACGGACACGGCGAUCGCGCCGCACGCGAGAUUCCAGUUCCGCGACCUGCUCACCCGGCUCGAGCUGCAGGCGAGGCAGUUACGGGCCGCCGGCACGCGCAACAUCACCGAGAACACGAGACUCUUGUGUGACGUGCAGAACACGAUAAAGGACGUGAUAAACACGGUGCAAAGAUAAAGCUGCACCGAGCCGGGUGAAAAAUCAAAACGAGCAUCAUCUCCCCCUGCGAGUUUCUUCCGCGCUCCUCCGCCCUCCUCCUGUGAUGUUCCCCGAUCGCAGAAAUCAUCACUCUCGUCCCCUUUAUCUCUCUCUAUCUCGUCGCAUCCGCAUGUGGGCGUAUAGUAUACAUAAAUAUAUAUAAAUAUAUAUCUAAGUCACUAAUUAAGGUUUUAUCAAGGAAUGAAAUUUUUUUUGGAAGCAUAGUUAAUCUGCGAGCAAAUACGAUAAGAGUGAUUUUAAUGUGAAUAAGUCCUUAAUCGAUAAUACAACUUUACGACUGCAUGAUCGUGUUAGGGUGAAAAUAAUCCAAAGUUGCAUGAGUCGCCGCGGUAUACACUUCUCGACACGCAGUCACAUAGGGACGCAUACGUACGAGAUAUACAACACAACUCGAACGGAAAUCCUGUGCAGCAAAUUCUACAAAGUUCGUAUACAUUUACAUCUCCGCCUGCAAUACCAUCCAUGCGUUUUUUUCCUUUUUUGGAAGAUCUUUGGAAGACCGCUGUGGUCAGCGUGCAACACACGGGCCUGGCAGAAAUACGGCCUUAAGACGAGAAGAAAACGUAUACACCAUUGCAUGAUUGAAUUUUUAUGUCGAGACAUACGACGGUUUUCAUAUACGAUAGUAAAUGUGAUGAUUAUAGUUACUGUAUGGAAUAACCGAUUACGCAAAAAAUUCUCAGUAGUAUAUAAUCGGCGUAUUGGCAUGAGGCGGGAGCAUAUUGAACGCGAAGCGCGGAAAUAUCGACACGCUAAAAACUCUAUAUCCUCGAGUCGCUUACGUACCGCGUAUAUAAAUCGAUUUCGUUUUACAUGUAAUUUUAUACACACGUCGUGCUUAGUAUAUAUACAUAUAUAUAUAUUAUUAUACGCGAGAUUUUUAGACUAGACUAUAUAUAUAAAUACGGACACACACCUAAGCAUAAGCCGUUUCAUGUGUACUGUGGGACAAUAUAAACGAUUUUGUAUUUGUAUAGAGUAAGUUGGAUAUAACAGCUAUACACACACACACACGCGCGCGCGGUAAUCGAUUACGCCUAUACGUAAAAUUAUAUUCAAACAAGCCACAAAAUCGAAUGUAACUAAUCAAACAAUUUUUGAGUGUCGUGUGCUUUGUUUUUAUCCAUGAUGGUAUGGAAACCAUGAUGGUGUGGUUCUUCCAAAGGCACAAUAGCGGAAAUAUUCGCCUGAAGACAUCCAUGUGGACCGUGAACUGAUUCAGUAACAAUAAUUUAUGGGAAGUGCGUCUUAAUCGAUAAACACGUUAUGUCAGAAUGAAGCGAGAGCCGGAACAAAGUAACGGACAAAUAAUAAUAUACGAUAUGUAUUAUCUGUGUCUUUGUACAGUAUUCUUUAACUGCUAUCAUACGCAAUCGAAGUUUUUAAAUAA